AUGUCAGCCACUUCCUCCACACCACAACCUCCCGAUGAGAGCACAACUGAGCCAGGUUCAUCUUCCUUCACCUUCAAUACUACUCCUACUACAACAACAACCAGUAUUCAUCAUCAUCAACAACAUUCCGAACUCUCUCCACAACACAACUCUUCAAAAUCCAUCAAUAACGAAUUAUGCGAACAAAUUAUGAUUGAUUUGUCAUUAAUUGACACCUUUCGAUUUUCAGAACCUGCUUUCAUCAACAAAAUACUUCACGAAUUCAGAUCAGGAAAAAAGUUGAAAUGUAUUUUAGAAAAGAAAAAAACAAACUCUCUCACUCCACCAAAAGAAUAUUAUUUUGUAUUGGAUGAUGAUGAAACGUUUGUGGAAGUGAAGGAUUCAAGAAAGAAGGAAUCGAAAUUGCAUCUCUUCUUAAGAGACAUUAAACAAAUCUUUGCAACAGAAUCAACCAUCAAGGGAGUCAAAUCUCUUGGUGUUACUAAACGAUUUUCAAAAAAGACUUCUCCAUCGGAUUCAGGAUCUACUGGAUUUGUUAUUGUUUAUGGACAAAAGGAAGAUCAAGUGACCGUUUACUGUGACUCGAAUAGCGAGUUUAAUGAAUGCAUUUGUGUGUUUAAUUAUUUGAUCCGAGAAUCAAGAAUUAGUUAUGAUCGGGAUCCUACAAAAUUAUUGAUUUUAAAACAUUGGAUGAAAGCAGAUGCAAAUAAUGAUGGACAAUUGGAUUACAAGGAAGUGGUCAAACUAUGUCAAAAGUUGAACAUUGACAUGUCCAGUAAAUCCAUGAAACAAAAAUACAAACAAUUUGACACUGACGGAAGUGGAUAUAUUGAAUAUCAAGAAUUUGUAGAAUUUUACAAAUCCAUGAUGAGAAGACCAGAAAUUGAAAGUACAAUUUUUGCAAAAUAUUCAAAAAAGCACCAAUUGGUCCUAGCUCCUCAAUUUUUUGAAUUUAUUCAAAGUCAACAAGAAGAAGAUGAUAUACAAACUGUUCAAGACGCAGAGAAAUUAAUGAUUCAACAUGGAGCCAUCAAAACUGAAAUGGGACUUGGAUUGACAAGUUAUGACUUUACAAGAUUUUUAUUUUCUUCCUCCAAUUCAAUUCUUAAAUCAGAUUUUAAAAAACUACAUCAAGAUAUGACACUUCCAUUAUCUCACUAUUACAUUUCAUCGUCACACAAUACCUAUCUAACAGGACAUCAACUCAAAGGUGAAAGUUCUGUUGAAAAAUAUAAGGAAGUUUUACUUACUGGCUGCAGAUGUGUCGAAUUGGAUUGUUGGGAUGGAAAAGAAGAACCAAUUAUUUUCCAUGGUCACACUCUUGUCAGUAAGAUUAAAUUCAAAGAUGUCAUUCAAACCAUUGCUGAAUAUGCCUUCAAAGCAUCCGAAUAUCCUGUCAUUCUUAGUUUAGAAGUACAUUGCAGUGAACCUCAACAAGAAAUGAUGGCUAAAAUCAUGGUUCAAAUAUUUGGAGAUUCUCUCUAUUUACCACCUCCUGAAAAUAUCACAAGUUAUCCAUCUCCUCAUGAAUUGAGAAGAAAAAUUCUAUUGAAAGGAAAACGAUUAGUGAGUGGAAGUGAUGAUGAAGAUGAAGGAGGUGACUCUGAUGACGAUGAAGAAGAUUCUUCAACGAUGGCCAGUUCUAGUGAAGCAAGCACUCCUAAAGAAAAACCUUCAAAGAAUAAUAACAAGGAUUCGAAACCAGCGAAAAAAUCAAAAGUAGCCAAAGCAUUGUCUGAUAUUAUUGCAUUGUGUGCAGUUUCUUUUAAGGGAGAGUUUGCUGAACCUUGUUGGAAAAUGCACAGCUUUUCAGAAGGAAAAUUAGAAAAACUUCUUAAAAAAGAUCCAGAAGCCAUUAUCAAAUAUAAUAAGAAUCACAUUUCGAGAAUUUAUCCAAAAGGAACAAGAAUUUCUUCCAGUAAUUAUAAUCCAAUGAUUGGAUGGGCAUUGGGAUGUCAAAUGGUUGCUCUCAAUUAUCAAACCUAUGAUGAACAUAUGAGAUUUAAUGAAGUCAUGUUUGAAGAGAAUGGAAAGUGUGGAUAUGUGUUGAAACCUGAUUUUUUGAGAAUGGAAGGACUACCAAGUCCAUUUGCUGUUGGUUCCUCUCCAGUGCUAUCCAUUGUCUUUUCUAUUGUAUGUGGCGAACAAUUACCAAAACCUGGAAUGGCUGAUCGAGGUGAAAUUGUAGAUCCUUUUGUUAGACUUCAAGUAUUGGGAAUUCCACAAGAUGAAUAUGACGAAAAAUCUGAAAGUGUGACUGACAAUGGAUUUAACCCAGUAUUCAAUAAGCGAUUUGCAUUCAAUAUUACUUGCCCCGAGUUGGCUGUCAUUCGUAUUUCCGUAUAUGACAAGAAUAGAACGGCUGAUGAAUUUUUGUGUGAAAAUUAUCUUCCUGUCAAGAAAUUGAAGAGAGGUUGUCGAAGCAUUCCAAUGCUGGAUCAGUAUGCAAAACCAAUAGAUGGUUGUGUUUUGUUUGGAGAGCUUCGUAUGAGAGAAUUACGCAAAUCUUUAAGCGAGAAAGUAACAACUCCAACAACUGAAACUAAAUUACCUUCAGAGCUUGAUACCAGCAUCACUAGUAUUGCAAGUGUACCCACGCCUGUAACACCAAUUCAACCUUCAGAGAAGACUCAAGUUUCUUUCUUUGACAUGUUGGAGGAAGAAGCUGCCUCAAAUAAUCAAUAA